CUCCAUCCACACGCCCUGCCCAGACUAUAAAUAUAGCUGGUGGCGAGCCGGCCUGCCUUGGUCGCCAGAGUCGCUCAGGGUUGCAGCAGAGCCCCCUCCCCAUUCCUUCCUCCUCCUCCUCAGUCUUCUCCCCAUCCAUCUUUAUUUUAAGCAGGAACGCCAUCCUCACAUUCACAGUGUACAAAGCGUACCCGGCUGGUUGUUUUGCAUGCAUUGUUCGUCUCCCAAAAUGGUUUGCGAGACUAAAAUAGUAGCGGACGAACACGAUGCUAUACCUGGGAGUAAAAAGGAGCCACCCAUGAUGUGGAGCGCCUCUCCGUCCGGCCCGGGCGAGGCUAAGGAUGCGAGGCGAGACGCGGUCUUCAUUCGCGAGUUCGAGCGCAGCGACCAAGAGGAGGUGCGGCGCAUCUUUUACGAGGGCAUCAUGGAGAGGAUACCGAACACGGCAUUUAGGGGGCUCAGGCAGCAAAGCCGAACCCAGUUUUUGUACGCUCUUCUCACAGGUUUCCUUUGUUUGUCACUCCCAUUUCUCUCUAGUAAUGUGCUUUUCCAUGACCAAAUCCUUCACACUGACCUGCUGCGUGCCGCUGAUUCUCAUGGGCGCUCGCUACUAUUACAGCAGGAAAGUCAUCCACAGCUAUCUGGAUCACGCCUUGCACACGGACAUGGCUGACAUUGAGGCCUAUUACAUGAAACCCACAGGCUCUUGUUUUUGGGUAGCCGUGCUGGAUGGACACGUUGUGGGUAUUGUGGCGGCACAAGGCCGCGAAGAUGACAACAUGGUGGAGCUGCGACGCAUGUCCGUGGAUUCUCGCUACCGGGGCAAAGGCAUCGCCAAGGCCCUGGGCCGACGCGUUCUGGAGUUUGCGGUGCGCAACAACUAUGCCGCUGUGGUCCUGGGCACCACGGCCGUCAAGAUGGCUGCCCAUAAGCUGUACGAGUCCCUUGGCUUCUGCCGAACGGGCCAGAGCGAGGACUACAGGCUUCCUGGCAUGAGCCGCUCCAUGCUGGAGAGGCUCUUCUUCCAGAUCCGAUACAGCCGGUACCGUCUGCAGCUCCGUGAGGAGUGAGAGGUGAAACAGAGAGAUGGAGGAAGAGAGGGACAGAGAGAGAGAGAGAGAGAGAGCGUCGACCCCCCCUCCCCCACACCCAAGAGCCCCUCCUCUCUUCUGACAGCUUUUAUUGAUUUUAUUAGACAGAAUCACUUAACACUUCAAUUUUACAGUCACUAACAUCUAUAAUGCUUAUGUUGUUUUUAUAGUAUUGUUUGACAUUUUUUUAUUUCCUCCAUUUUCAUUAUUAUCAAUCUGUUUUGGUAUCCUUGCCCCCUUUCCCUUCCUAUCCCUACUGAGGAAAAUCAUCAUUAGUUGUGGAUAUCCCAUAAUCAAUAUCCCCAUUCUUCACUAUUCCCUAGUGAACCCCGCCCCGCCCUACACACACCACACUCUACCCUGAUUGGUCCCCCGUAAUACGCAUCAGGCAAUGAAAGGGAAGGGGGGAGAUGUGGCUUCCUUGAGUGCGGUUGGUGUGUGCAUUGUCCACACAUCUUAAGUAAUUUGGCUGUAGACGCCAUAUUGAAGCACAGCAAAGCGUGUGACCAGCAUGGUGUGAGAGACGGAUAGAAAGAUGAGCACCAUGUGUGUGCAUUUUUCCUCUCUCUCUCUCUCUCCAUUCUGGUUUUGGUCUCUUGAGCUGCCCUAAUAUACAAUGUAAUAUUCAUUAAAGUAAUGAGCCAAGUAUUAUCCAACUACACUAUUUACUUUACUUAACCUACAUUUGUAAUAUGCAAUUAUCUGCCAGAUGACAAAGCAGCCGCGUCUUAAACCACACUGAUGUGGGGUAGUAAAGACAUGACAACGAGCAAUAUCUACAAGACUUCAGCACAAAAAAGCCAGCAGUGUUCAUUCUCAACCUAAAUUGUGUAUCUCUCCAGAAAAUAAUAAAAAGCUAACAAACAUCAUAAAAAUGACCUCUCCCUUCCUCCCAUUUACAAAUCUGUCUGCAACCCUGGGCCGAGACCCUACCCCCCUCCACACCACUAACCUUUGACCUCCCCUGUCUGUGGCCCCACCCGUUUCCCACCAUCUCUGCAUGAGAUACAACGCCUUGCUGCACUGCUUUUAUUAUUAAAGCUUGUUGGCUCCCCCUAGAACGUUCCUUGGUAGACUCCCCCUCAAAACCCUCAGAUGUCAUCUGGGCAGUGAGAUGUCCUGCCUCCGGGUCAGGCAUGUAUGGGUGUGUGUGUUCGUGUGUGUGCAGAAGAAAAGACACACUCACCAAAAGCAAUGCUGCCUGGAUGACAUCUGCCUGCCAGCCAAGCAACUGCAGAAUGCAAAAAGCAAUGCAAUGUGGCAUGCCUCUGUACCCAGUGUGUGCAGCGCCUGCCCUGGAAAAUGGUAGGAAAAAAAUCAAUUAAUAUAUAUUUAUAUAUAUUCAAUAUAUAAAUAUAUAUGUAUAUAAUGAAAAAAUAUUGUGCUACUUUUUUUUAGAUUUGAAAUGAUAAUGUGAAACAUUUGCAUGAAAAAUGUCUUUUAAAAUUACAUGAAUGGGGAAUUAACUCAGAGCACAUGGCAUCCGCUGACUUGUAAUUCCGAUUUAUUUGAUUCUUAAAUGCUGGGUGAACAGUUUGAGGGUGCCAAAUGAUGUAUACACAGCCAGUGCUUGUAAAUCUUUCAAGAGACCGCCAAUGAUUAGAGAGUAGUUGUUGCAGGUUUACUACAGGAUAAUGACAUUAUGUUGCUGGUAGCCAUUGUGUGACUAUCAUGCAGAAACAGCACAAACUGAAUGUUUCUAAAUAGGCCAAGUGGGGCGGUUUGCAUGGACACUCGCAUGUUUAGACUUGCACAGGUCACAGCACCUAAAGCCCUAAGGUGAACCUCCAGCUAAAUGCCUAAACAUAUACUAAAAUACAUGGUGUAUACUCUAUACGGACUGAGUGAGCAGCAGAUGCAUCCCUUGUCUUUAAAACCCCGUGAUGUUGUACAAAGCAAAAUGCACGAGGAGCCUCAAAAAAACAUGAGACAGAGGUUCAGAGUGUCAGCUCAAAGAAUCCCAUUUUGGAGUGUGUCUGAGGCUUCCCAGAUUAGAAUAUCAUACCAUGCAGUACAUUAUAUCUCAUUUCACACUGAGCAUCAUCACACAGUAUGAACGUCUCAAAGAAGAAGUGGUGGAUUGUCAAGAAUACGGUGAGCCAUUUGCGCUACUACUGUCAUCAUAUCAGUUCUUGCAUGGUUAUAUUUAAAAAUGGGGGUAAAUUAAUUCUGAACAGCACAUUCAGAAUGCCUUGUGCAGUGAAAUAAAACACUGGGAUUCAAAUAACAUGUGGACUGGAUGGCCUCAAGUAGCUUAAGGGGAAUUUUGGAACUGUGCAUUAACAAUUAUUUUUGUGUGUCUAUUUACUAUUCUACGGGAAGGCUAGGUAAAGUUCCACCCACCCAAAAACCAGUUCAUAGUACUAUGUAAAAAAGGUUCUGCUGAUAUACAAUCUGACUUUUGUGAAGCGGUUUGCUUGAGUGCGAGAGUGUUUUCCUAUUGCUUUGAGAAGGUAUGCUGCAUCGAGAGCCCUCCCCUGAUGGAGAGGCCUCAUUUACUUUCUCUAAAACCCACUAAAUGGCACAAACUCUUUAAAGUUUAACAUGAGGGAAUCCUCAACCAUGGCCACAAUCAGUUAUAUUAAAAAAAAAUCAAAGGGUCAGUAUGUCAUUGUGAAAUGUACAGAUGCUGCGUGUUGUUACACUAUUGAUGUCACCCAAAAGGCAUGAAUGUAAAGGUGUUUUUUUUUUGGCAUUUACUUGGUAAUGGUUUGGUUUAUUUCCAAGAUGGAAAACAAUUUACAUAGCAGUACAUCGCAUGUUUACACUUGCACAAUUCAACAUGUCUAAAAAGGAGUAGGAAGAAGCAGAGCUUAUUUAAACCUAUCCCUUCUUUUUUCAGCAGCUACUGAUAGUUGUUCACUUCCUGUGUUUAACAUGUACCAGUUUACCAGUUUACCAAUUACCAAGCGGAAAGUGUGGUUCAGAAGUGAUCAACAUACAACGCUAGAUGUUUUACAUCAUGUAUGAUUGUAAAUAUGUGUUAGUAUUUGCUGUUAUUUAAGUCACUAGAAGGCUGCGACGUGGAAUGUUCCACCUUCUGAAGAGGGUGAGGAGCCAGGGGUGGAAUGUGGCACAUUAGCGGUUGGGGUGGGAGGUGGGGCCGGAUAUGGUGCAACAUGGAUGACAUGGACUCCCCUCUCUCUCUCUCUACCUCUGGUGAGAAUGCCUCUUCACUGUGGCCAGUACAAAAACGGACUCACCCUGGACUGAGGCCACAGGUGCCAAGAACCCUUCAGCACUUGUAGCACAACUGUGUCUUGUCUUACAGUACAGGUCCUUUGGAAUUGGUUUUUUGUUUUUGUUUGCUGUGAGGAAUAUGGAUAAAGUUUCUGUCAUCAGCAUCCACGCAAGACACAGUUAUUGCAUCAUGUUUAAUUCAUACUGACCAAUAGCUAUUUUUUUAGGGGUUGGAAAUCCAAUGCCAAAUGUGACAUUUUUAUUCCUUGUGUGGCCAUAGUGUCUUCAAAACGGUGGUAUUUUGUUAUAAUUUUGGGGGAAAAGAUUGUGCCCACGUGCCAUUCAGUCAAGCAAUAAACACAAAGAAGUAGGCAAAGCUACAAAACUGACAGAUUUUAUCACAAAUGUGAAAUGCUGCAAUGAUGUUAUAGCCCUUAUACAUUACCACUCAUGCUUGAGACUGAAGGGGUGUUUUGAUUGUAUUCACUUUUGUAUUUUUCUUUUUUUUACCUUUAUGUUGGAGUAUACACAGAUGUACCUCUGCAUAUUUGUACAGAUGUCAAUAGGAAACGGUGGAUUUAUUGAUGAUGGUUUGUCCAAGCAGACAAGGAAAAGGUGAUGUCGCUGCACCCUGCAAGUGGGAAGUCAUUUCACAAGGCUUUUAUUUAACCUCUCCUUUGUUCGCACUAUUUGGGGAUAAAACAAACCCUCUGCAGCCAAAAAAUUGCAACUCUCAACAUUGUUGACUUUUCUUACGAGUAAGAUUCAGAGUCGUGUUUUGAAUCUGUAAGUUAAUAACUGUAAAGUUGUAAAUUUUCUUGUAAAUAGCAUCGGGGGGCUCGUUUUUACUCACUUUAUAACAGAAGCUGUAAAUGUGAAAGAGACAAAAAUUAUAUUUUAAAGAUAUGUAGGGCACUAAUUCUCCAGUAAUGCGGGUGUUUUAAUCUGCAUUACCUCACAACAAUCCCAUAACAAUGACUUUCAGCCACUUUCAGGGACUGGGCUGUCCAUCAUCUUGACCCAGGGGUCUGUCCCCAUCCUUCCUUGUCUGCUUGAACUUUGGAGAUGUAAAAGUUAACAGUCAAAAAGCAGCACUGCUUGCUUCCAUCCCACACCAGCCGUGAAAGUCAAGCCAGUGAGAUGCUGCUACGCCAUGAGGCUCUCUCUGUCCUGUCAUGACUGCUGUCUUGUUGCCAGGAAAGACACACACACAGCACACACACACACAGCACAGUGGGGAACUGAUCUGCAGCCACACUGUUAGGAGGCGGACAGGUCAAAUAGAUGGCCGUGACUGGGGAAUGGACAGAGGGACUAGCUGAGGGAUCGAAGCCCAGGCUUUUAAAUUGCAACUGAGGGAAAUUUGUAAUGAGAGCUGAGAGGGGAGGUAGAGCACUUGUGGAAGAGGGUGGAAUUUGAGGAGAAAAAGAGGCCCAUUGCCACUGUAGGCAGGGAGUAAAUAGCACCUGAGGCCCACUGACUUAUAGGGCUUGUGAGAAAAGCGGAUGUGAAGACCAAAAUACAAAGCACAGCUUCAAUAAAAAAGACAGUUUGGAAUGGGAGUGGUGAAAAGGUCAAUUAACAUCUAAUGGCACUUGACAGAGGGAGUUUAUGAGUAAAUGUGUUGCUACUAAAGCCAAUCUGCUUCAACCUCAGUGGCUGCAUUCAAUCGGUUCCCUUAAUGCUGUACCACCACAUUGGGAAUUACAUUAUGGGAUUAGGAGGCCACCUUUUUUCUAAAUACUAAAUGCAACAGUAUAGAUGUAAAAAUGGGAUUCCCUGCAUUAUGAUGAACGUGGAUGUACAUAUAUUGUAUCGAUUAAAAAUGACCAUGCAUUAAGCUUUCA